AUGCUAGAAAGAGUUACGAUACAAAAAUCUUUAAAAAAGUCUUGUGAAAUUUGUAAGAUUCAAGGAUUCAAGGUUUUAGGUCUGUUUGAAGCAAGUCUGUCUUGGGAGAUUUUAGCAAUUGAUCAAGCUUCGAAGAAAAGAUUGACAUAUGAUCACUUUUAAUGCUGCUUCAGUAUUGUUCAAAGAUGAAACAAUUUAUUUUUUUUUCCCUUUCAGAUAGAACAUAAUGCUGAUGGCUUAAAUUUCGAUUCAAAAAAUCCAAACGUUAGGGGGGAGGAGAAAAAAAAAAAAAUGGCACGAAUAUCUUUUCAGGAAAUUUUUGCAAUACUCUUGCUUGCAAUAACUAUUGUGUCCAUGAGCGUUCGAGAUAAAAACGGGGGUGUUAUAGGAACGAUCCAAAGAGGAGAUAUGUCACCCACGGAGGUGACCGAAGAGCGCCAUUAUUGGCCAAGGCCAAUGACCAUUCCCAGCCCAAGAGGUGCACAAAUAAAGAGGAAGCACCCCUGCGAGCAGAGCUCGUGUUAUCCUUCGACAGGAAAUUUAUUAAUCGGCCGAAAGAAUCGAUUAACAGCGUCUUCUACCUGCGGCCUUUACAGACCGGAAAGAUAUUGUAUCGUUUCGCAUCUAAAGGAGCGGAAGAAAUGCUUCUUCUGUGAUGCAUCAUCGCCCACCAAGCAGCACAACAUCGAAAAUGUUGUUACAGAUAAAAACUGGUGGCAAGCGGAGAACGGCGUGGAAAACGUCACGAUACGCUUUGACCUGGAGUCGGAGUUCCACUUUACGCACAUCAUCAUCCGUUUCAAGACGUUUAGACCGGCGAUGAUGUUGAUCGAACGAUCGUCCGAUUACGGUAAAACUUGGCAAGUGUAUCGAUACUUCGCCCACAACUGUGAGAAGUAUUUCCCAAAUAUAUCGACGAAACAACCUCAGAAACUGACGGACGUUAUCUGCGAAACAAGAUAUUCCGCCGUGGCGCCAUCGUCUGGAGGUGAUGUUAUCUUCAGGGUAUUGCCUCAGAAUUUGGAGAUAGACAACCCCUAUUCGAUGGAAGUGCAGACUCACUUAAAAAUCACGAACCUUCGCAUAAACAUGACCAGAUUGCACACGCUAGGGGAUGAUCUUCUCGACGAUCGUCCAGAGAUUCGCGAAAAAUAUUAUUAUGCUAUCCAAAACAUCGUGAUUCGUGGAUCCUGUUCUUGUUACGGCCACGCGUCUAGAUGUCUUCCGCUUCCUGGCGUCGCUGACGAGGAGAACAUGGUGCACGGCAGAUGCGAGUGCACUCAUAACACAACCGGAUUGAAUUGCGAGAAGUGUCAAGACUUUUACAACGAUCUUCCGUGGAAACCGGCUGUUGGAAAGCAGACGAACGCUUGCAGACCCUGCAUCUGUAACAAUCACACGAAUUCCUGUCACUUCGACGAAGCUGUUUACGAAAGUUCUGGAAGAGUUUCCGGCGGUGUUUGCGACGAUUGCCAACACAACACUAUGGGAACGAAUUGCGAGCUGUGCAAGCCGUUUUUCUAUCGCGAUGUCACCAAAGAUAUUUCUCAUCCUGAAGUGUGUUUACCUUGUGACUGCGAUCUGAGUGGUUCCUUGGACGACGGUAUAUGCGACUCAAUAACCAAUCCUAUCACCGGUGGUGAAUCUGGUCGCUGUCAUUGUAAAGAAAACGUCGAAGGUCGCCGUUGUGAUCGUUGUAAAAAUGGUUUCUGGAACUUCGAUCCCGAAAAUCCCGAAGGAUGUCAAGCUUGUACUUGUAACACACUGGGUACCAUCGACAAUCGUGGAUGCAAUACGAUGACUGGCGAGUGUACUUGCAAGCGUUAUGUUACUGCUCGGGAUUGUAAUCAAUGUCUGCCGGAAUAUUGGGGACUCUCAGAAGAUCCAGACGGAUGUAAGCCUUGCGAUUGCGAUCCUGGUGGUUCCUACGAGAAUUCUUGCGACGUGAUCACUGGCCAGUGUCGUUGCAGGCCUCACAUUAGUGGCAGAACUUGCAACCAACCUGAACAAAGUUAUUACACUGGAUCAGUGGACUUUCUCAUCUACGAGGGCGAAUUAUCCAGAGCUAGCGAUAAUUGCCAAGUGGUGAUAAGAGAGCCGUAUCGCGACGGGAGGAACAGUACAUGGACCGGAACUGGCUUCAUGAAAGCAUUAGAAGGUUCCAUGUUGAACUUCACGAUCGACGAUAUACGUAAGAGUUUAUGGUACGACAUCAUCGUGCGAUACGAACCAGUCCAGGUUGGAUCCUGGGAAAACGUGCAGAUAAUCAUCGAGAGAGAUAGUCCGGUGGAUCCGAACGGUCCUUGCGCUGAUUGGAGACCCGAACAGGAUCAGUUGUACGCGCAACUUCCUUUAAGAUCGAGAAGCGUGAUUGUACAGCCGUCCGUCUGCCUGGAGGCAGGGAAACGUUACAAUAUUCUGCUGCAAUUCCGUAAAUUCAACAAUCACGCGGACACGCCGUCCGCGUCCAUUUUAGUGGACUCGAUCGUCCUCAGGCCGAGGAUAGACUCAAUCCCAUUUUUCAAAAUGCCUGUAAUCGGUGAACUUCGUCGCCAGGAGUACGAAAGAUAUCGCUGCAGCGACUACUAUAACGAUUUCAACGCCAUAACGAACAAUAUUCCCGAUGUUUGCAAGAAGUAUCAAAAUAGCAUUGGUUACUACGUUUACGACGGGGCGCACGCUUGCGAGUGUAACCCGACUGGCUCGCACAGUCUGUUCUGCGAAAAUUACGGCGGCACUUGCCCUUGCAAACAGAACGUCGUCGGCAGACGUUGCGAUCGUUGCGCGCCUGGAACGUACGGAUUUGGCCCGGAGGGUUGCAUCCCUUGCGACUGCGACGGUGUAGGGGCAUUGGAUAAUUUCUGCGACGUUGAGACUGGCCGAUGCAAGUGUCGGCCGAACACCUACGGCAGAACUUGCGGCCAAUGCGAGCCUGGUUUCUGGAACUUCCCUCACUGCCAACGAUGCGAGUGCAACGGCCACGCCGAGAGUUGCGACUCCAAGACCGGCGCGUGUAUCAAUUGCAGAGACUAUACAACUGGGCAUAACUGCGACAGAUGCAUCGAGACGUAUUAUGGUGAUCCUAGAAUCGGUGUCGAUAUUCCGUGCAGAGCGUGCCCUUGUCCGGGAACCAUAGAUUCUGGACAUUCGUACGCCGAGAGUUGUUCCCUGGACCCGGUCACCCACGACGUGAUCUGCGAGUGUUUCGACGGAUACACCGGUCCACGUUGCGAAAGCUGCGCAGAGAAUUACUUCGGCAAUCCCGAGAUCCCUGGUGGUAGUUGUGAACUUUGUAAUUGCAACAACAACACGGAUCUACGCCGAGCUGGAAACUGCGAUCCUCAUACUGGACGUUGCCUCCAGUGUCUCUACAACACCGAUGGCGCCAACUGUCAGAUUUGCAAGCCAGGAUUUCACGGGAAUGCUCUCGAGCAGAAUUGCGAGGAUUGCAUGUGCAACGUUCUAGGCACAGACAGAGACGCUGGCCCCUGCGAUCAUCGGACUGGACAGUGUCCCUGUUUGCCUCACGUUAUUGGCUUGCUGUGCGAUUCGUGCGAAGAGAAUCAUUGGAGAAUCGCCAGUGGCCAAGGUUGCGACCUUUGCGAAUGCGACGCGGUUGGAAGUGUCUCUGACAGGUGUAAUCCAUACGACGGUACUUGCGAGUGUAGGCCGGGUUUCGGUGGAAGACGUUGCAACGAGUGUCAAACCAACUACUGGGGCAAUCCGAAUGUCGAGUGUUAUCCGUGUGAUUGCGAUUUAACCGGCUCCGCCAGCCAGCAAUGCGACAGGGAAACUGGAAUGUGCGUCUGUCACAAGGGGAUCGGCGGCGAAAAAUGUAAUCAGUGCGAUCGUGGUUACUACGGGAACGCGCCUCAAUGCAACCCCUGUGGCGAAUGUUUCGACAAUUGGGACGUGACGCUGACUGGUCUGAGAAACAAGACGAAUCUCGUGAUCGAGGAGGCGUCGAGGAUUCAAAAGGUUGGAACAACUGGCGUCUACAGUCAAGAAUUCGACGACAUGGUCCAGUCUUUGGAUCAGGUCCAGGCAUUGAUCAACAAUGCCUCCAUCAGAAGCCAAGAUUUGGACGAGUUGAACGAUCUGGCCAUAGACUUGAACAACAAGAAGCUAGAAUCCACCAAGAGAUUAGAGGAAGUGAACAACCUCUUGGAGAACGUUAGCCAGAGGGUGAAUCUAGGGGACGCUGCCUUGAAGAAUUUGAAAAACAGGACGAACAACUUGCACCAAGCUGCUGCCGAUCUCAAGGAAAAUGCGACUAGGUUGCAAGAGGAGAACGUCUUGGGCGCUCUGAACGUUACGCAGCAAAUGGCAGAACAGUCUAGACAAGCAGAGAAAAUGGCGAACGAUACUAGCAACGUUCUGGCCGACGCAGAACGAUUCCGCAAACAUACGGAGAGUUUAUUGGCUAAGAACCGUGCUUUCGUACUGGAGGCACAAGAGAGGAAUAAGGAGUCGUUGGAUAAGAUCAACGAGAAACUGAAGACUUUCGAUGGAAUUAUGCCCGGAUUGAAUCUCGAAAUGUGCGGAGACAAUGUUACGGAUUGCAGUAGCGUCUGUGGCGGUGCUGGAUGCGGUUUUUGUGGCGGAUUGUCUUGUGACGCGGGUGCUGUGACGAAGGCUAAUCAAGCUCUGGACGUAGCUAAGAAACAGGCUGCUGAGAUCAAGAGUCACAAAGAUGAGGCUGAACAAUUGCUUCGCAACAUGAUUCAAGUGAAACGUGACGCAACGGCAGCUAGAUCGAAUGCUCAGGAUGCGUUCAAUUACGCGCUGAAUGCACGUAAUUUGACCGAUGCCGUGAGCAAGAAUCUGUCUGACAUAAACAAGCGGAUCCGUAGCACCCUGGACGAGGAACAACCCACACCAGCCAUGGUCAGAGACUUGGCCAACGAAGUGCUAGCUAAGAACAUCAAACUGAAGCCUGACGAGAUCAAGGCGUUAGCCGAUCGUAUAAAGAGUAUCGUCGGUUCCUUGACCGAUUCCGAGAAGAUCCUAGCUGAUACCAGGGACGAUCUCCAAUUAGCCGAGAAGUUGAAGAACGACGCCGAGAGAGCGAAGGAGAACGCGAUCGCGAAGCAAAAUCUAGCCAACAAAGUGGUGGUUUUAUUGAGCGACGCGCAAAGGGCUCAGGAUCGAGCUCAAGUGGCGAUCGAUCAAGCCGAACGCGACGUCAGCAGAUCCGAGAAGGACUUGGAAGAGAUAGCAGAGUUGACCAGAGGGGCUCAGAUGCAGGCGAACAGCACCGCGCAGACGGUCGAGUCGUUGGACGCCCGAUUGAAGCAAUUGCAAACUCAAUCGGUCUUGAACGACUUCGUUUUGAAUCGAGAGAUCAGCGUCCAGGCGCAGAAAGUGGCCGAUGAAGCGCAGAAGAUCGACGCCAAGACGAAGACACUCGUGAUGGAUUACAGACAGGCGGACGAGUUGUUGGACCUGAGGGUGAACAAGAGCAAAGGGAACAUAUCGAGGGCGAAGAAGCUUCUACAGAGAGCCUCUGAACUGACGGCCGACACUUCGACGAAACUGAAGGACUUGGACGGUAUGGAGAGCGUCUACAGAGACAAUGAAAGAAUGCUGUCCGAUCUGAUGGCGGAGGUUGACUCCCUGAACGGAGAGAUGGAGAAACAUUUGGCGGAGAUCGAACAAAACGCGCAACGGUACAAACAGUGUACUUCUUGAGCGACUACGAUCAACAUGCAAAGAAGUAAAGAAAUAACGAACGAAUGAAGAUCUCCGGUGACCAGGCAAAAGAGUAUUUUUUACAAGUGAAAUUUCGAUGAGAAUGAUGUAAGUCUCAAUUUAGAAAAAAAAAAAAAAAA